GAAUUCGCCACUGGCACUGCGAGUCUCUUUCUUUUUCCUCUUGCCUUUUAAGUGGAACUGUUCUGUUCUGGAUAUUUUUUUUCCUGCGAGAUCGCAAAACAGUUGACACCUUAAAAGAAAAAUGGCAGACACUGAAGUUGACACCAGUUCAGAGAUUUCUGCAAAGGACCUGAAGGAGAAGAAACAGGUUGAAGAGACUGAGAAUGGGAAGGACAAGCCUGCCAAUGGAAACGCUGUGGAUGAGGAGAACGGGGACGCUGAAAAUGAAGUAGACGAGGAAGAGGAUGAUGUGGGGGAGGAUGAGGAUGAGGAAGAUGACGGAGAGGGUGAUGAGGAUGACGAGGAUGAUGAAGUUGAGGGGGGAACAGGAAAGCGAGCGGCUGAGGACGAUGAUGAUGACGAGGAUGAUGUGGGAACCAAGAAACAGAAGACUGAUGCUUAGGAGCCGCCUGGCUGCAGCCCCCUCCCCUCAGGACCACACAGGGGUCAACGCGAGGUCGUCUAUUAGAGUUCACCGUCCACUCAGACUCACCCACCAGACGCAGACUUUUUAGAAACAACCAAGACUUCAAAGCUCUACCUUCUUACAAAAUACUUUAAAAGGAGAAUUCGUUUGUAUUUUUAUUUACAUUUUAUAUUUUUGUACAUAUUGUUAGGAGGUCAGCCAUUUUUGACCGUGAUCUCUGGUGACCAAACGGUGCUUUGAAGUUGAAGCUUCUCUAUGAAAUAGACUUUACUUGUGGUUUGACCAUGUCAUGUUAUCUCAACAGAAACUUGUACAAAAUCAAAAAAAAGGUCAAUUCAAAGCAUUCCAGUAACGUUGUGUGUGUACUUUAGUUUGUACCAUAAGCAGUUGGUUUGUAUGGGAUGGCCAGGCCGGAGAAAAGACGUUUCUUUUCUUUAUUGUCUGUUAAAAUUGCUGUCUAUUGUGGCCUGUUUGAUGUGUGUGUGAAGUUUGUUGUACGACAAUAAACCGGAAUUUUAUUUUGUGAGUUCUUAA